UAGAUAUGAAUCAUAUAUAUAACAACAGAGCAGAAUACAGAAGAAUAACAAUAGUAUUACACAAGCGAACUGAUCUAAAAACUAGUACAUAAUGCGUCUGAAGUGGAUGCAAGAAAAAAGGAAACAAAUGUGUAUAGGGUAUAAACUCGAUCAAUCCUGCGAUAGUAUCAUCUCAUACACAACCAGUGGAGACCAGUUCCCCAAGGAUAAGUUGCUGUUUAAUUCGAUGGUGGAGGUGAGAGGGAAGUCACUGAUGGAAUCGUGGUUGGAAUGGUGGGGAGUGAAGGGAUUGUAGUGGGGAAGGCGGGGAAUGUAGUGGCUGGAAGUGGAGGUAGAGUGAACUUGGGAGCAGUGGGAAGGUUUGGCAGUGUUGGGUUUGGGAGAGAUGGCAUUUGGCUGCCUGGCAAAGAUGGCAUUUGCGUUGUGGGUUUUGGCAGAGUUGGCAAUGGAGGCAGUGCAUUGGGCAUAGGCAGUGGAGGGAAGCCCUUGGGAAUCGGAAUCGAAGGAAUUGAAGUUUGCAAUAGGUGCCUGGCGGCGAAACUCAUGUUAAUGCUUGACAAACACAAUGCUGCUACGAUGAUCGAUAAUAGGGAACAACGCUUGAGACCUGCCAUAUUGGUCAAAACAUAAGAAAUUGAAUAUGUGUUUCUUGUUCGAGUUGAAGGAAGAAUUAAUGGUAUUUAACAAUUUCUAUUUUAUA